UGCCUGCCUGAGGGGGGAAGUUUGACAGUAAUGCCUUCCUCACUCAGUAGUAGUUCGCUUCCCGCCGCAACAACCUCAAUUCACUCAGCCACUGCAACUGACUCAACACCCUCUCCAAUCUCCUGAUUUCUUCCUCUCUCGUUGACGGGCGAUUAACUCCCCAGCGCUCCCCUGACUCUCUCCCAUUUGCUUUUUUUUUUCUGCUUUUCCCGCCGUCAGCGCUGCCAGCGAAUCCGUUCUCCAUCGCACUACUUGCCUGCGACGACGACGACGACACGCCAUGGAACCCAUCGUCGAUGCCGAACAGGCGAGGAAGCUGUCGCUGUUCCGACCCCUUGGCUACCAGCGCAACUCUUGUGGCUACUGCAAAUCUGAUAAUGGCAGUGCCUCUUACUACACUAGUUCGGUCUCUGUACGCCCGGCGCAUUAUGAAUCCCUUGUCAAUAGGGGCUGGAGAAGAUCGGGGACACUGUACUACAAGCAGAACCUGCAACGAUCAUGCUGCCCUCACUAUACGAUGAGGCUCGAGGCCUCCGCCUUUACGCCCAGGAGAGACCAACGGAAGGCAAUCAACCGCUGGAACAAUUUUGUUCUAGGCCCCGAAUACAUCCGUAGAGCAGCAUAUCUCUGUCCCAAGACACGGGAGGAGAAGAAGCGUCGGAAGUGCAACUUUGACCUGCUCGGUGCCGUCCACGAGGCCGAGUACAGCAACGUGAAGCGGCCCAUUGACCCCAAGACAAAGAAGCACCUCGAGCCUGCUCAUCGAUUUGAGGUCAAUCUGGAAGGUGACUCCAUUUCCCAGGCCAAAUACGAGCUGUUCCUCAAGUAUCAGACCACGGUUCAUAAAGAGGAUGCCUCCAAAUGGGCAAACAAGGACUUCAAACGCUUCCUCUGCUCAGGCUUGACGCGGUCCCCGGCCAAUCCCGCUAAGUCGGACGAGAAGAAGCUAGGGUCGUGGCAUCAGUGCUACCGACUGGAUGGAAAGCUCAUCGCCGUGGCGGUACUGGACCUCAUGCCGACUGGGGUGAGCUCGGUCUAUAUCUUCUAUGAUCCGGACUACGAGCAGUGGGAGUUUGGGAAACUCAGCGCAGUGCGAGAAAUUGCCCUUGCGGUUGAAGCUCAAUACCAGUAUUACUACAUGGGCUACUACAUCCACUCGUGCCAGAAGAUGCGCUACAAGGGCACCUUCCGCCCACAGUACAUUCUAGACCCGGAGACCUACACAUGGGAUCCACUUGAUGGGGAACUCUCCAAGAAGCUCGACGAGCGGCCCUACGUCUCUCUUUCCCGGGACCGCCAAUCCGACAGCAACCCUGGGGACGAUCGCUCCGAAGCAGAUGCCGAGAUCAACGACGAAGAGGUGUCUCUAUUCGACCUGCACAUGCCCGGAGCAUUGACGAUGGACGAAGUCAAGGCUCUGGACUUGGAUCACUGGCUUCUUCUAGUCCAUGGAACAUUCGUACAUAUGAUUGACCUUGUGGGAUGGGAGAAAAUGCCUCUUGAUAACCCGCAAUCAGUCAAGGGGAUCAUUGCCGAAUUGGCGGCGGUGCUGGGUCCGGAGAUUGUCCGGCACAGUGCCGUGGUGCUCUUUGACUAGACCGGUAGAUAUGCUACUUGGCGGGCACUGUCUCUACGGAAUGAGGGUAUCACGAUGCACAAUCGAAAGGGUAGGCCCGUCUUAUUUAUGCCACUAUAUAUACAGACCGGUUUGUAGAAUCGAAUACCGAUAGACAGAAGGGGAGAAGAGAAAAUCCAAACCAAGCCAACAAUGCUGAAAAAUGCUUCAUAACCAAUGCUUUAUGUGC